GCACCUAGCAGCCUGUCCAUGGCUGUUUUGAUAAAUCUGUUGUGCUUGUGGCUGCUCCCUGUUUAGGGUCACCACAGUGGAUCAUUUGUUCAGCACAUUUUGAUUUCUUUUACAGCUUCCACAUGUUAUUCCUCACAAAGACUUCACUAGUUGCACCUCCACUGCCCACUUUAGCUUUUAGAUUUUUUUUCCAUGGCCUGAACUUGUAGUUUAUAUUCCCUCUGUGUACCUUACCUGGUAAUGUUCAUUCAUUAAACUUAAUGAACAAGCUCACAUUAUCUACCUAUACUUCCAAAACUUUUGCUCUGUAGUAGAUUUUGAUGAAAUGACUGCAAACCAAUUUUCUAUCUUCAAUCAAGGAAUACUGAGCUCUUUUAACAACUAUUUCAUUCAGUUGCAUGGCUAAAAUUAACCUCGCCCAGAAAUUGGCUUAUCGAUUUUCUUAGCUGAACCAGAUUCCAUUUACUUAACAACAUCCAGUCUUAGACCAACAACCAGAGAGUUUUAUGCUCAUUUCAUGUUUGUCUUCCUGCCUUGUUGCUAAAAUAACUCAGGUCACCUGCUUUGAAUUCCACCUCACUUCCUAACCAGUCACUUCCUCCCUCUGCCAUUUCAGUCCCAGUCACUACUGCUGGCGACCAAAUCACGGCCCAGGGCUAUUUAUUACUGCCGACACACCUGUCAGACAUAUAUGUGCGGUUUUAUUACACUUAUCGUUCAUCAACUCUUUAAAAUUGUCUUAGGUCUAACGUCAUCAUAAUACACAAUUAGAAGUCGAUGACAGCUUAUAUUUUCGUACACCACACUUGAAGCGUCAGACAUGUUUACAAACAAAACCCAACCCCGAAGUGAGAGAAAGCGACCGCACGGUAGGUCGUGACGUCACGGGACGGGACUUGUGGUGGAGAUGCAGUGAUGACUAUGUAGUGGGAUGAACUUGCAAACGGAUACGAGGCUUAAUCUACAAGUUCAGUUAUUGUUCAUUCUGUUUUGUGCCUUUUUAGAAGAAGGAAAUAUACGAGGCUCCCAAAAGGUGCCCUUCCCAGAGCUGCAUGGAGAGUUUACAAAGUAUGUGGGGAGGGCAGAGGAUGCAGUCAUCGCCAUGUCCAGCUACCGCCUACAUGUCAAGUUCAAAGAGUCUAUAGUGAAUGUUCCUCUGCAGCUAUUAGAAAGUGUGGAAUGGCGGGACAUGUUCCAGCUUCAUAUCACAUGCAAGGAUUGCAAGGUCAUAAGGUGUAAGUUCUCCACAUUUGAACAGUGUCAGAAGUGGUUAAAGAGGCUUUCCUUAUUGACACAGCCUCCUUCUCAGUUGGAGGAGCUUUUCUCUUUUGCUUUUCAUGCCUGGUGUAUGGACUCUUACAGCAGUGAGAAGGAGCAGCCCUGCAGGCCGGGAGAUCAUGUUAUCUUUCGGUUUCACAGUGAAGUCAAACGAAUGGGCUUGGACACUCAGAAUGUGUGGAGGAUAUCAGAGAUCAAUGAUAAUUACAAACUGUGUUCCAGUUACCCGCAGCUAGUUGUUGUACCAGCCUGGAUCACUGAUAAAGAGCUGGAGAAUGUGGCAGCCUUUCGCUCCUGGAAAAGGUUUCCGGCUGUGGUUUACAGGCAUCAGAGUACAGGAACAGUGAUAGCCCGCUGCAGCCAGCCAGAGGUGAGCUGGUGGGGCUGGAGGAAUGCAGAUGAUGAGCACCUGAUACAAUCUAUUGCCAGAGCAUGUUCCAUGGACAGCAGCUCAAACAAAACAUUCCGAAAUCGCCCAUUCUUCUACUCCUCCAUGACAAACGGUUCAGAGGUGGAUUCCUUGGCCAUCCAACCUCAUAAGCUCCUGAUUUUGGAUGCCAGGUCUUAUGCUGCUGCAGUGGCCAACAGAGCCAAAGGAGGGGGCUGUGAGUGUCCAGAAUACUACCCUAACUGUGAAGUGCUUUUCAUGGGCAUGGCUAACAUCCAUACCAUUCGCAAGAGUUUCCAGUCUCUGCGAUUCUUUUGUGCUCAGAUGCCCGACCCAGCCAACUGGCUGUCUGCUCUGGAGAGCACUAAGUGGCUGCAGCACUUGUCUCUUCUUCUGAAGGCUGCUCUGUUAGUGGUGAACGCUGUGGAUCGUGAGCACAGACCCGUGUUGGUGCAUUGCUCAGAUGGCUGGGAUCGUACACCAUAGAUAGCGGCACUGUCCAAACUCCUGUUGGACCCUUACUAUCGCACAAUAGAGGGUUUUCAAGUCUUGGUAGAGAUGGAAUGGCUUGAUUUUGGUCAUACGUUUGCUGACCACUGCGGACAUGGAGAGAAUGCAGAGGAUCUGAAUGAGCGAUGCCCAGUGUUCCUGCAAUGGCUGGACUGUGUGCAGCAGCUCCAGAGACAGUUCCCCUGCUCAUUUGAGUUCAAUGAAGCCUUUUUGGUUAAGCUGGUGCAGCACACAUACUCAUGUUUGUUUGGCACGUUCCUGUGUAACAGUAAUAAGGAAAGAGAAGACCAACACAUCCAAGAGAGAACUUGUUCUGUGUGGUCUCUGCUGCACCCAGCUACCUGUUCCUUCAAAAACAUGCUCUAUUCAUCACAGUCAGAGAUGGUGUGUGAUUAUGCUGAAGAUGACAGUGCUGAAAGUCCAAAUGAGACAAAAUUCAGUGAUGUUCAGUGUCAACCUUCUGAAGUGAUUGAGAAAUCAUGUGAUUCCGUGGUUCAGUCACUUCAUGCCUUAGAUAAAGCCACUCAGAACAAGGAAUCAGUCCAGAUUCUGGAAGAUGUUUUAAACGAAUGCACAGCAAAUGAGGCCCGAAAUCUUAGCAGUUUUAGUCUUACUUGUGCUCUACCCACUGCCAUCGACAAUUUCAGAAAUAGCUAUGGAGAAGAGUUUAUUAACGAGCAACAAGUUCUCUGUCUGGUUCCAGAAACUACCAGGCCUGUUACAGAGGUGGCUGAGAAAUUUCUUUCUGUCCUGGAAAGCUCCACAGAAACCCUAACUGAAGAUUUGGGCAUCCAAUCAGAGACUCUUGUACCCAUGGCUAUUUCUGCACAGCCUAAAACCGAACCCACACGCCCAGAGUCAAAUAUUGAGCCAGAAAGUACUUCCAUAAUGCUAAAUGGAACCAGCAAGCACCCAUCCCUCGGUGACCUACUUCUCUCUUUCACUUCUGCUAAACCCCUCCACUCCAUGUGUAAUGGUGAUACCUCUGAACCUGUUCCUUUUACCCAACAUACUCUUCUGAGUCUGAACAUCAGCAGCUUCUCUGCUCAAGGCUGCAUGCAUUCAGGCCCCAGCCGUCUUGAUGAUGAUGGCCUCACCCUGCACACAGAUGUCAUGCAGCAGCGCCUGUGCCAGAUAGAGGCUGGUCACUAGCUUGAAGUUGAGACACUCAAAAGACAGGUGCAAGAUUUGUGGAGCCAGCUGCAGAGCCGGCAUCCCACCACAACCCAGCACUGCCUCAAUGGUGACCUAGGAGAUUUAAUGACCUCAUUUGCAGAUCCUGACAUUAACCUGGACCCAAACUGUCUGUCACGCUGCAGCAUAGAACUCUUCUCCGAGAUCAACUGGGAGCAAGUGGACCAACAAGACACGGAGAUGACCCUGUGGUAUCCUGAUCAUCUAGCUGCACAGUGUUAUGGCUGUUAGAAAGGAUUUUGGCUGGUCACUAGGAAGCACCAUUGCAAGAACUGUGGUAAUGUGUUUUGUGCCAGCUGCUAUGAUCAGAACAUUCCUGUGCCAAGUAAGCAAUUGUUUGAGCCAAGCCGUGUGUGUAAGGCAUGUUACAACAGCCUGCAGUCCUCUCCUCCUCCUCUGGAUCUAGAGUUUGACAAAUCCAUCACGGCCAGCUCCAACUAAGUACUUCCCAGCACAUUGCCUCGACAUGUACAGCAGCUUAGUAUAAAACAGUAGUUUCUGAACACUUGUUGUUUUGGUGUAGCAGGAAGAAACUGUAAUUUCCUUACCUUUUUUUGUGUGCAUCUUCUGCAUCGGAAGAGGAAAUAGAUCUGUUUAUGGAGUGAAAAGUGUCUGGAAGCAAUGUCUCUACGGAUUUUUCUAAGAAUAUUUAAAGCACUUUGGGUGGCACAUUCAUGUGCCUGACUGCUGGCUUGGAUAGCUGACACACACACAGAGGUUUAGUGAACUGCUAGACAUCUCCGAAGUCAGGGAUUCACUCUGGUUCUGCUGAAAUGGUGAUUUGUUUUGUGUUCCCUUUCCCUUGGGUAUAGAAAGUAAAUCCUGUGAGGCUUCACAUAGGGAUGUCUUGGGGUGGUCAGUUAAACUGGAAAAUGAAGAUGUUUUAUUUGUGUCUUCAUCUUACAAAGACAUGAUUUUCAGUGCUGAGAGAGUUUGCUGCUUUUUGAGUGAAACAAGGUUUGGUUAUAUUAUACCUAGCUUUGCUGUACCUGUUCAUUUAUUGCUGCUCUUUAUAAAUUAAAUGUUCUUAACUACCAGACACCUCUAUAGAUGCUUUUUGGUGAGGUCUUUGACCAAAUAUUUUAAACCACAUGUAACAUGCAUGUACAUCUGUUAUGGACAUGUCUUAACAUUUAAAUACUUGUGAUAAAGUGGUAAUACCGUUUUCUUAAUUCUGGCAGCAUACUUGUUUGCCACUUGUUCACUAAUAGCUAUUUGUGACACAAUGCAUAACAAAUCAAAUGAUAUAUAUGAAAUAUAAAGCAUUUAAGGAAAAAUAAAUUAUUUAGAAUUUCUUAAUAAUGGCUCACAUAAUAAUGGUUUAUAUUCUUGCACAAUGAUAACUAUGUGAAAUAAACUCUCAAAGUUACAUGACAAUAAAUUUAAUCAUGAAACACCA